CCAGACGCAACAUCCCGAAUCUCCCCUUGUUCUCUCCCAUCACUACCUAAACUCGUACUCUUCUUCGCACUCCUCAGUCUCUUUCUCAAUCGACCUUCCUCACUUGAACACAAUCCACCUCUCUAUUCAUCAUGGCCCAGGAAGGACAGCCCGAUACCGAUGUCAUCACCCUCACCCGCCAUGUCCUCACAGAGGGCUAUCGUCUCGGCGCACAGGCGACCGGAGACCUCACGCUGCUCCUGACCGCUAUCCAGCUCACAUCCAAGUUCAUUGCGACGAAUGUGCGGAAAGCGAGAUUGAUCAAUCUCGUCGGGCUCGCAGGCGACACUAACGUCCAAGGCGAAGAGCAAAAGAAGCUCGACGUGCUCUCCAACGAUAUCAUGAUCAACGCCCUCCGCGCCUCCGGAAAGACCGCAGUGCUCGUCUCUGAGGAACUCGAAAACGCGGUGAUCAUCGAGGAUAAAUACAAAGGGAAGUACUGCGUCGUGUUUGACCCACUGGACGGGAGCAGCAAUAUCGACGCUGGUGUGAAUAUCGGGACGAUCUUUGGGAUUUACAAGAUCAAAGAUGGGUCGAAAGGGACGAUCGAGGACGUAUUACAGCCUGGGAGCACGAUGGUCGCCGCAGGCUACACCAUGUACGGUUCCUCCGCCAACCUAGUCCUCACAACCGGCGACGGCGUCAACGGCUACACCCUCGACGCCGCCCUCGGCGAAUUCAUCCUCACCCAUCCAGACAUCAAGAUCCCCUCCCGGGGCAAGAUCUAUUCCUUCAACGAGGGCAACGCGAUGUACUUCCACCCGCCCGUGACGAACUACCUGAACUCGAUCAAGUUCCCGACCACGCCGGGCAAGAGUCCGUAUUCGGCAAGGUAUAUCGGGAGUAUGGUGGCGGAUGUGCAUCGGACGUUGUUGUAUGGCGGUAUCUUUGGGUAUCCGGAUGAUAAGAAGAGUAAGAGUGGGAAGUUGAGGUUGCUUUAUGAGGCGUUUCCGAUGGCGUUUUUGACGGAGCAGGCGGGCGGAUUGGCGACGACGGGGACGAAGCGCAUCUUGGAUAUCCAGCCUAAAGACAUCCACGAACGCUGUUCCGUCUUCCUCGGCAGCAAAGACGACGUGCUGGACCUGACGAAGUUUUAUCAGCAGGAGAAGGCAUGACUGUGACCGUUAGCCUUUUUCUGUGAUGCCAAUUCAAGUCAAUGUUGUAUACUCUGUACAUGUAUCAUUCAAUUGGUCGACACGCUAUUAGAUAUCCCGCUUGUUGGGCUUGCUCUUUUCGGGACGUAGUUCUACGAUCGUCAUUGCUGGGCGGAUCUUGGAGCAAACAAAAUGUAUUUUUGAAUUUGAGACGAAUGAGUGC